AUGGCACUCCUGUACGUGAACUAUGGAGCAAGAUCCAAAAGAGUAUUAGAGAAAUCUGAAGAUGCCAAAGCAAACAGUCAACUUUCUGAAGUACCCUUGAUAGCCCGGUUCACACAAGGCACACAGUUGGACCGGUGUCUACAAGCUCCAGAAGGGGAUCCAGGUAUCCCAGUGUCUAGCUGGAGAGAAAGAGAGGCCCCAAGGGCCCCUCCCAAACCACCAGCCACCCUAUUGACUAAAGAGAAAACUCAAAAGUCUGCCCAGGAAGCAGGUGGAGGGAUUUUGACUGUGCAAGAAAAACACACACCCCACACCGAGGAGCACUCCUUCAACCUUAUCUCCAAGAGAGGAUCCACCCUGAUCUCAUGCCAUACUCUGUUGACCCCAUCCAAGUGUGCUGCUGCGACUUUGGCGACGUCAGUCAUGUGGGAAGCAAGACUAUCAACUUUUGAAUAUGAUCAGCAAAUGUGGUUCUGGUGGAUGUCAAUGGAAGGAGAGAAAGCAUCAAAAAAACGUACCUUGAACAAUUGA